AUGCCGCGGAGCAAGCGCCCCGCCGACGGCGACGCCGGCGCUCCGCCUGCGCGACGAGAUAUGUACAGGGCGGAGAUGCGGAGCGUGUACGAGUGCAUGACGGCGCUGGAGGAGGGCCUGUCGCCAACAGGCGUCGAGGGCCGGCUCCGCGCGGCUGACACCGCCACCGCGGCCGACCUCGAGCCGCGGUUCUCGACGGUGCUCCAAAUCGCCUCCACGGGCAGUUGCGGCGCCAAGAGAGCCGCUGCCCACCUGAUCGCCACCUACGCCUCGGCCUUUCCCGCCCGCCUGCCAGACGCCCUCAAGGCGCAGUUCGCGCUCUGCCGCGAGGCGGUCCACAAACCCAACGAGCAUCCCUAUCCGUGCCAGGUCCGCCUGACCGUCCUCGCGGCCCUCAAGGGCAUCUCCGCGAUCUGCGCCGCCGCCAGCGCCGUCGAGAUCGACCCCGAAGCCGUCGCCAGCGGUCUGCCCGUCGCCGCCGCGCGGCGCAUCGUUACCGACGCCGUCCGCUUCCUGCUCACCCGCAUCGCCAGCACCGACGCCCCGGCCUCCAAGUCAUCCGGCCGUCGACACGCCGACGCGCCGCUCCCGGCGCUGGCCGGCCCCGACGAGGCCCGAGCGUCCCUCAUGUCGGCGCUGCAGCGUGCGCUGUGGCUGUGCCCGGGGGGGGUCCUCCAGGAGGUGCUGUCGGCCGCGAGGGGGUCGAGCUCGUACCCGUGGGAAGCGCAGCGCGCCGCGAACGCCGCGCUCGCGCGGCUCGUGGACGAGGCGGAGGAGGGGGAGGUGGGGGAGAGUGCUGCGGAGGUGGCGCAACACGCGCCGCAGGGGGCGCGCGUGCUGCCGGAGGCGUUCCGAGGCCGGAAGAGGGAGGCGACGUGGGCGCGGAGGGAGAUCGAGCACUGGAUGGCGUCGGUCACCGAGCAGGACGUCCCGGGGGUACAAUUGUGGGGUGCCAAGCUGCGCGACCAGCUGCCAGUGCCCGAGGACGACGAGGAGGCCGGCGUGCCGAUGCUCCCCGUGGCCCUGGCGUCGUCGACGCUGCUCGUGUCCGCGGGGCCGGGGCUGGACGGAGACCGGCUGGCGGAGCUGGUGGAGGGCCUGUGCGCUGGCGAACAGGGUGAUGCAGGCCGGCAGCCGCGCUCUGCGCCGCGGCAGAGCGUGCUCCACGUGCAGACGCUCCCGCCGGUUCGUCCGGGGCGCUGCGACGCAACGGUGACGCUGCGGUCCGUUCGCACGGCCGCGCAGGUCGUGGAGCGGCUGUCGCGGGCAACACUGGGCGGCAAGCGCGUGACCGUCGAGUUCCUCGCGCACGAUCCUGAGGGGCUCGACGUCGCGCCGACCGACGCGUCCGGGUCGUGGGUGUACGUGGGGCGCGCGGACGACCAGACGCUGCCGAUCGUGCUGGGAAAGGUGAGGGAGAUCCUCAAAGCGGGGGAAGAGGGAGCGGAAGCCACGCGCGCCGAGUUCGACUCCGUCCAGCUGUCCUACCCGACGUCGGCGGUCUUGCUGGAUCUGACGACCAAGGCGCGCGCCCACCGCGUGGCCAGCGGGCUGCUCGCUGCGCUGGCGACGCUCUACCCCGACGCCCCCGCGACGCUGCGCGUCUCUGGUCUGACGCCAGACGUGUCGCGCGCGGACGUGCUGCGAGCCGUCGAGAGCUGCGGGCUCCCGCUCGUGAAGUCGGCGCUCCCCGAGCACUGCGGCUGGGGCUUCCUGCGGUACGCGACGGCGGCGGCUGCGGCGCAAGCGCGGGCAGUGCUGCACGGGGGCUGUCUGGGGGGCGACGCGUUACUGCGACUGGACUUCUGGUGGAACGAGCGGCCGCGCCCCGUGGUCGCAGCGGACACCGCGACGAACGCGGCGCAGGCCGCUGCGCCGAUCGCGGCGCGGCAGAGCGCGGGCGGAAGUUCUGCACCCCAAAGCACACCCAGUGCGCCGGUGCCGACGGUGACGCAGGGGCGCGGCCUGAGCUACCAGGGAGCGCUGACGAAAGAGGGGCUGCACGUCUGUCAGCUGUUCUGCAGGGACUUCCCGACGCCCGCCGUCGCGCAGGCCAGCGACUUCGAGGCGAAGGAGCCUGCGUGGCCCGAGAAGCUCCUUAUGUCGGCGUACGUCAAGCUCCAGUACCUGCUGGACAACGUCCUCGCCUCCAAGCGCGCCCGCGUGCGCGCCGUGCGCCGCCUGACCAGCAGCCCCGCGCGCAACGAGCGCCGCGCCUUCAUCGAGCUCCUGAACGACUUUGCCACCAAGGGGCGCGCCGGGGUCGUGGAGAUCAAAGCGGACGCCUCCAAGGGGCUCCCGAAGCGCAUCAUGUACCUCGUGCCGCCGUCGAGGACCGUCGCGACGAAGCUCGCCGUCGAGUGGGACCCCCACGAGAUCCUGUACGCCAUCGUGAUGCCAACGAACGACGAUCUGAAAGACAUGCGGUGA